AUGAGUCUUGAAUAUUAAAAGAUUAUAAAAGGCACUCCAUUAAAAACAAUUGUUCGCAUAAAACCUCCAACAAAUUUUCAAAGGGAAGAUGUUAAAUUAACAGGAAAUACAAUAUCUUUAACUGAUGCAAAUAAUAGAAUUAUUGAAGAGCAUGAUUGCUCAGAAGUAUAUGGACCAGAAACGGAUUUAUCAACCAUAUUUUAAAACUCAUUAAAAGGUUUCGUCUCGACAUUUAUAUUAGGAUUUAAUUGUUGUUUUUUUAGUUUUGGUUCAACAGGUGCAGGCAAAUCAUAAACAAUAGAAGGUAACAGAAAAGAAUCAGGUUUAAUAAUGCAUAUGGGAAAUUCAUUAUUUAACUAAUUAGAUACAAGAAAGCGAUAAUCAAAUUAAUAACGCUAAGCUGGCUUAUAGAAUUAUUCAUAUGCAGUAAGAGUAAGAUUUGUAGAAAUAUUAGAUGAAGAAAUUGCUGAUUUAUUAGGAAAGGGUACACAAUUUACAGAAGUAUUAAGAGUAGAUGAAACAAUAUGGGAAGGUCCGAUUAUAUCAAAUUCAACAUGUGUAACGAUACAAACCAGUGAAUAACUAAAUGAAAUUCUUUUGAAUUCUACAAAAAGAAGAGACUAAACAUCAAAUGAAUUUGGAAAGUUAUCUAGUAAAGCAACAGCAAUUUUUAUAAUGGAACUUAUUCAAACAUCUGAAAUAGUUACUGAUGAUGGAUAAGUAGAAAACCUUGUAAUGGUAUCCAAAAUGAUUUUCAUUGAUUUGCCAGGGUCUGAAAUUAUGCUUGAUGACCCUGAAGCUAUUAGGGUUAGAUAAGGUUCCACUUUAAAUAAAAGUAUUAUCACUUUUACAACUUUAAUAAGAGAUAUUGCUAAUUAAUAAUAAAAAAACGAUCAUGGGUAUUACCUUUAUGAAAAUUCAAUAGUAACUCAUUUAAUGAAAGACGCGAUAGCAGGUAAUUGCUUAUCGGUAGGAAUUUUUUGUAUUUAGCAUGGAGAUCCUAAAGGAAGUUCAUAUACAUUAAAUCUAUUAAAAAAGGCAGAAUAUAUAAGUAAUUUCCCAAUAGUUAAUGAAUCCAAAGCCAUAGGUUUACUUAAAAAAUAUAGAGCAGAAUGCAUGGCUGCAUAAUCAAACAAUAGAGGAAAUAAUGCAGGUUUAGUAGGUAUAGAUGGAGAUAUGGGGAAUUAUAAAAUGUAAGAAUAUGAAAAAAAACUUAUGGAAUCACAUCUAGAUAAGCUCAAAUUAGAAGAAGACAGGCAAAGAUAUGCACAAAAACUAACCGAAAUAAGAGAAAAAUAUAAUUAAUUAGUAAAAGAUAAAGGUGAUCUAUAAGGGGAAUUAAUAAAAUGUGAAGAGGAAAAAUUAGAAAUUAGUAAAGCUUUAGUUGAAUUACAAAUUGAAAAUACGAAAUUAAUGGAAAUUAUUUAAACUGAAAAAUAUGAAAGCAAUACAAAAUUACUUAAUGCUGAUGGUGAAUUACUUGAUUUAAAAAUUAGAGACGAAAAGAAUUUGGAAAAAAUUAGUUAAUUGUUUGAUGAGAAGAAAUUAUUGGAAGACGAUAAACGUGAAUUAGAAAUCGAAUUUGUUGCUUUGAAAAAAAAUUUCAUUGAAAUCAAUAAAUUAUAUGAAGAUUCUAAAGCCAAAAACCAAAAUGUUGGAAUGGAAUUAAUUAAUAUGGUUAAUGAAAAUAAAGCUCUUCAUGAUGAAAUUAACACUAUUUAUAAAAAAUCAUCUUUGACUACUGAAGAAAAUGCUAAAUUUAUUCAUAAAAUUGAAAAAUUUGAAAGAGAAAAUUAAGAAUAAAGAGAAGCUUUGGUUUUUGCGAAAUCGGAAAUAGAACGCUUAAAGACAGAGAUGUUAAGAUAUGAUAUAAUGGAAUAAUAGCAUAGAUUAGAUAUAGACAACAAGAAAAUAGAAAUGGAAAAAGGUUAUAUAGAAAUAACAAAGGAUAAGCAAAACGAAUAUUAAAAGUUAACAAAAGAAAACGAAAUAAGUUUAAAAAGAAAUAAUGACGAAAAGUUAUUUUGGGAAAGUCAAAAAAUGGAAUUAACUCACAAAAACAAAUUAUUCUAAAGAAAAAUUUAAGAAUUAGAAGACAGAUUAUAAGAAUUAUUAAAAUAUAAUGAUGAAAUAACAGCAGAAAAUAGUAAAAUGUAACUAUAAUUAGAUGAAAUGCGAUCAAUUUAUAGAAGCAAACUAUUAUAGUUUACUAACGAUUAAGGAAGAAAUUAAUAAGAUAAAUCCUAAUCAGUAAGAAUUGGAUAUGAUAUGAAUGCAAGAGAGGAACUUAUUAGAAGUUACAAUGAAAAAGAAACAUCACUUACUUAGGCUCUUGAAAAAGAAAAAAAGGUCUCCAAAAAUCUAAGAAUUGAAAUUAAAGCUUUAAAAAAAUUUUCUUUAUAGCUCAAGUAUUUAGCUGAAGAUUGGGCUCCUGUCGGAGUCGAAUACCCUGAAAUACUUAAAAGAAAUCCUCCAACUUAAUUAGAUGAUGAAAAUACACCUGCUUUAGUCGUAAUAUUUUUUUAUUUUUUAUUAUUCUAUUUUUGUUUUAAGUCGGAUUAAAAUGUAGAAAUUGAAAGAUUGAGGAAAAGAAAUAGAAGACUUGAAGAAGAACUAAAGAUAGUUUAAGAUUAAUUACUUAAUUAAGCUAAUAAAAAAGCCGAAAAAGAUAUUGAUAUUUAAUAAAGACUUAUUAAUGAAAUCGAAUAUAUUAAAAGCUCUAAUGUCAGACCUGGAUCUAGUAGUUAAAAUAAUGAAAUUUUAAGAAGAGAAAGAAAUGAUUUGUUUGAAGAGAACAAAAGACUUGUUAAUAUGCUUAAAGAUAACAAAAAAUGGGAUAUUUAUAUGUUGUAAAAGGAAAACGAAAGACUUGUUAAAUCUAUUAAAUAAUAUGAAGAUGGGUAAUCAAUAGCUCCUAUUUCUGGCGACCCUGGUAUGAUGAAAACAAAAUUGAUGUAUUAUGAAAAAAUGAUUAAAUCAAUUGAAAAAGAUAAAAGUUAAUUGUUAGUUAGAGCAACAAUGGCAGAAGAACAAUUAAAAUAAUUAUAAGAACAUCUACAAAAAAGCACACUUGAAUAUUAAAAAAAAAUAAUGGAAUUAAAAAAAGUAUUAUAAUUAUUAUUAUUUUAAAUUAUAUUAUAUUUAGGGGAGAAGUGA